AAACUGUCCACCAAAUUGACGAUCUUAAAUGUUUGAUUUGCUUUUAAUUUCAUUUCGAACUUUGAAUCCAUGGGAACUGGGCGGUGGUAGAUGAUCUCUGGACGGGGAACACCUUCGAUCUACGUUUUCUGCUACCCAUAGCUACCACUUCUCUUCUGAACAGCAAACGAUUAGGACUGUUGCACAGAGUCUUAUCAGGGCAACCCGAUAAAGUUGAGCCAUAGACAAAAUUGUCGGUUAUACGUGUUUGAACUUAUACAUAUAUGUAGAGUAGUCGAUGUCAUAUUGGCUCAAAGUUCGGACCGCCAUCGUUUAAAGUGCAGACCAGCGGGCUAAUCAUUCAUUUAUAGGGAGACUUUAUGGACGACACUACGAUAAAAUAAAAAUACAAGCGACACCCGCUUGUUUGGCUUGAUUCCAUGGCCAAUAACUACAGCCUGUAAUAAUAUACUACAUAAUUAAACACGGCGCAAUCUUAUCGACGCUUGCCGGGAAUCCGUGGGCUCUACUUUUUUCAUGUGCGGUGCCAGCGGAAGUCUUGGACGGCAGUUGGCGAAUCAUCAGCAAUCCGGACGGAAGCGAAGCACCAACAUGCGAUCUAAAGAUCUUAUAUCCGUCACGGAUGCCGAACUGGGCAGAUUUUCAAUGGAAGAUCAAAGUAACUAUGGCGUAUGUCUCGAGGAUCUGCAAUUGUUUGCCCAACUGGAGGAUCUCUCCGGGGAAAGUGGACCCAUGCAGAUGGAGCUGCUCAGUCCCGGUUCAAAAUUCGAUCUUCUGGAACUGGUCAAGCCUAUUCAGUUAAAUUCUCAAGGGAUCUGUGAGCAAAAGCAGGCCUUCCAGCAGCGAAACACCACAGAAGCACCACAAAAGAUAGAAGACAUAUGUAAGCCCAAGCGAAGACCACCGACUAGGCGUCGCCUGGGAUCUGGAAAAGAUCACAUUUGCGACGUCUGCGGCAGACGCUUCUCGGAGGCCUACAAUCUGCGCAUCCACAAGAUGACCCACACGGAUGAGAAGCCGCACGUGUGCGAGGAGUGCGGCAAGGCAUUCAGGCAACUGAACAAGCUUCGCAUCCAUGCUGUGACCCACACGGCGGAGCGGCCGUAUAAGUGUGAUAUUUGCGACAAGGGAUUUCGGUACGCCAACUACCUGGCUGUGCAUCGAAGAUUGCAUACCGGAGAGAAACCGUAUCCGUGUUUGGUCAAGGACUGUCCCCUCUCCUUUCACUCCAUCCACGCCCGUCGCAUCCACACCAAGCUAAGGCAUUCCACGCAAACCGAUCCGGAUCCCGAUCAUCCGUUGGAGGAGCAUGAACAGCAAGAUACAUCUGCACUAAGCUUCACCUGCCCGAUUUGCAGCCGCGUUCUGACGGAUCAAUGCUACCUGAGCAUCCACGUGAAGAGACACUACAACCAGCGGGACUUCGCCUGUCCGCAGCCGCAGUGCGGCAAGCGAUUCUUUAGCGCCUCGGAGCUGAAGCACCACCAGAUUGCCCACUCCCAGCUGCGUCCCUUCGCCUGUCCCAUUUGUCCGGCGCGAUUCCUGCGCAAAUCCAAUCACAAACAGCACCUCAAGGUGCACGAACGCUGACGGAGAAUUGAAGAGUUUGUUGUAAACGAUGCAGCUAAACUUUUUCUUCAUCGUAUAAUUUAAGAACAUUUCUAUGCUAGGAAGAGGCCUGCCUUAAGAGGAGAUAAAGGAAGUUUAAGUUCAAAGAACUAUGCUCAAAUGAUUCAAUAUAAAUUAAGGAAUUUUACCUACUAAACUAAAAAGUAAUAUACUUUAUAUACUUUAGUUAUAGAAAGAUCCUAUUAAGAACGGCAAGCAUCUCCCCUUUCAACUCAUACUCAAUCCACAAAACCUGAGACCCGACCCAAGCCAAAGCUCCUGCAAAGUGGGCUUGGGCUGCGCUUUCCAUUCAAUAUAAGUGUUUAUUUAUAUAUACGAA